UCAGCGGCAGUGUGUGUUCAGCAGCAUCAUCCUACGGACCCGCACCGCUUACUUUCAGUCGAGGCUGACUUCUCUCCCGCACAAAAUAAAAUAAAAACGCAGCAGAGUAAAACAAAACGACAGAAACAUCACGCUACUGAGGUUAGUGGCUCGACAGAAGAGCAGUAUCAGACCUUUGAAUCGCCUGUUUUCUCCGUCCUCGCAGGUUUUUUGGACCACUCCACACACCACACCGGACUUCUCCCGUUGACUCUGCACUCUCGCAAGGCAAAAUGGGGAAACAGAACAGCAAGCUGACCCCUGAAGUGAUGGAAGACCUGGUGAAGAACACAGAGUUUAACGAACAUGAGCUGAAGCAGUGGUACAAGGGUUUCCUGAAGGACUGUCCCACCGGCCGCCUGAACCUGGAGGAGUUCCAGCAGCUCUAUGUCAAGUUCUUCCCAUACGGUGACGCAUCCAAGUUCGCCCAGCACGCCUUCAGGACCUUCGACAAGAACAGCGACGGCACCAUUGACUUCAGAGAGUUCAUCUGUGCGCUGUCCAUCACAUCACGAGGCAGCUUCGAGCAGAAGCUCAACUGGGCAUUCAACAUGUACGACCUGGACGGAGACGGCAAGAUCACACGGGUGGAAAUGCUGGAGAUUAUCGAGGCGAUCUACAAGAUGGUGGGCACAGUGAUCAUGAUGAAAAUGAACGAGGACGGCCUGACGCCCGAGCAGAGGGUGGACAAGAUCUUCUCCAAGAUGGAUAAGAACAACGACGACCAGAUCACACUGGAGGAGUUCAAAGAAGCGGCCAAGAGCGACCCGUCCAUCGUACUACUGCUGCAGUGUGACCUCCAGAAAUAAACCAGAGGGUGAGCGGAGCGCUCCACCAGCCGCCACGGACUGCACAGAAAGAAUUUCAUGUUCCAUUCAGUUUGCAGCUAUUUCCACUGAAAAAAAUUAUAUAUAUAUGCUUGGACUACCUUUCAAUGGAUCUGCUUCUUGUGUUUGAAACACUCGUGUGCAUGAGAAUGUUAUUUGCUAUAAAAAGAUCUACACUCAACAUACAACAGUGUGCAGAUGCACACACACAGUACAUACACACACACAUACACACACACACGCACAAAUAAUAUAUAUAUAGAUAUAUAAAUAUGAAUAUAUAUUUAAAUUAUUUAAAGAUCAACUGCCAAAAUGUGAAGUGUGCAAAGUAUUUUCCAUACACUUUCAUUCUACUGGAGCUUGCGCAUCAGUGAUGUGCUACGUUGAAUUUGCCGCUACUCUAUUUAUUGUUCCGAGUUUACCGAUGCUAGCUGUCCGUGUUUCAUAAUACUGAGUAACGUCGACUGAACCAAAUUCCUGAUAAUGUAUCUGCCUCCAAUAAGACACUCUGUCCAUCGUCUCGACUAUUAGCUCUAGAAGAGAUGGAUUAGCGUUUGUCCAACUUCUCCUUCCGAAACAUGCUUGUACUGUAAAAAAAAAAAAUAGGAAAAUGUAAAUGUAGUUAAUUUGCAUGCCUUUAGGUUCUGCCUUAAAAAUCUCCUCAUUUUGCAUCCUGUAAUCGAAGAGAGAAAGCCUUAUCAAAGCAGCGUAGACACUCGGGAGAAACCGUGAGACAAGAUUUUUACUGAAUAGGGAGCAAAAAAAAAAAAUCACAUCGCAGUGGGUCCUUCUACAAGUUUUGUCGUAUGGGAUGUAAUUUUUGUGAUCUGUCGAGGCGUUUUAUUUUGACUGCUUUAACUGUGGGAGCAUGUUUCCUCGUAGAUUAGCUGUAGUAUAUGUUGCUAAGAACUAAAUCCCUGCCCCUGUGCAUUUAAACACACUAUCUCAUAACAAAUAUGAUGUUGAAUGUGGAGGAAUCCAUCAUUUUGAAUCAGUAUCUGAGAUUUGAGAAGAGAAAAACGAGCUAAAUUGCGAGAUUUGUCAAGCAAAUGGAGCAGAGGCAAGUGAAAUCAAACAUCAGGAUUCCCCAGCGAAUGAGUGAAACUUCCCUCAGCUGCAGUUCAAUUAGGUGGGGAAAAAAAGAAAUAUUCAUCUAUAGUUGGAGAGCAUUGUUAUCAAACUGAGUUAUAACCGAAGUGUCACCAUCACAUCUACUCUUUUCCAACUAGCCUGCAGGUUGCAUAUCAAUACGAUCAAUUCAGAGGAGCUUUUUUAGAGCGGUGAGGAAGAGGUAAAAUAAGGCCCGUGCAGUAUUUUAACUUUCUUGUUUGUCUUUUUCAGUGGAAGUAAAUGAGUGCUAAUGUAGUGAGAGGAGCAGUGAAUGGUUUUUCAUUUCACACUGUAACUAGUAGAGGACAGCCGAUCCUGUAAAGCCAUGCGUUUAGUAGGUUGGACAAUUCACCCUCCCUAACCCUUUGAAGUAUUUCUCUCUUACCAAUCAGUCAAUCUUUUUGUACUUUUUUACUCCCUUCUCUCACACAUUGUACACGUACUGAUGCUUUCUAAAUGUGGAGAAGUUCAGCCGAGUGUGGUGCCUCCCAAACGAUUUGGAAAUAGCCUGUAAGCCCGCUUCAACAAGUGUAUCUGGCCCUGUCUGAAAGCACCGCAGACACUUUCCAACCUGCAUUUAUACCCCUGGUGUUUGAAGAGCUAGAGGAGG